CACUUCAUUGUUGAUUGCCCACACUGGCCGUCAUUAUUGCCUAGGACAUUUAGGCAGCGCCCAGACCCGCCGCCAAUGGUGAGGUUUAUCUCCGCGCCCAGAGCCACAUAAGUUGGACCUCUAGCUAUGUAUCCGGAUAUCCCAACGCUUCCAGUGCACGUUUCUGCCUGGACUAAUCUGUCUAUUUACUGCGGUUUUUAAAUCUAUUCCACAUGGACUGCCACAAGGCUGGAGCAGUGUCUACUUAUGCGAUGUUAGCCAGGUGGGGUCUGCUGUGCUAGAACGCCGAGCCGUAUAUAAACAGUCGUGAAAGCUGCGCUGACGCCGUGUUAACGGGGGUCUUUAACACGGAAUACCACGGAAACGUUGCUUUGAUUGUUGUUAAAUCACCUUGAUCACUGCUUUCUUCUCUUUUUGUCACUUUACACUCACUCAUUCAUGUCAAGCACCAGAAGAUCUGGCAUCCAAAAAUGUUGUCUCAACUCCCCGUUGAGCUGAUACAGCAGAUCUUCUACUAUGCCGACACCCCAAGCUACUUGCAGGCAGCCUACUCCUGCCGGAGGCUCUAUGAGGCUGCUGCAGGAUGUCGUGAAGUGGUCAUCCACCAUCUGGAAGAGACCCCUGGCUCGACCCUCUUAGCAGACCCUCUCGAGACGAAGGAACUCUGGCUUUUGCUUCGCCAGCGUGCAGCAAAACUCCUAUAUGGAGCAGACGCCCGUGCUAGUCGUACGCUUCAUAUUGCCGAAGGAAGAGCCAUCGACCCGCGAGCCUGCGCGAUUACCACUUCCGGUAAUGUCAAUCUGGCGCUGGCUUUCAAAGGGGACGGGAUAGUCCGUACCUAUUUCACCAGGAACGGAUUGCUUUUCCCGAGAGGAGUCUUGCGGCCACCUUACGACCAGCCGGGACGGAUCGAGAUCCUCAGAGUGGCUUUUGCCAGUGACAACAGUGUUGCUGUCCUCCACCGGUUCAUCCCUGAGAUAGAAACCAACGAGGAUGAUAUGCAUCACCCUUUUAUCAGACAGGCGUUGCAGUCACCGCCGGAGCCUGAGCUGUAUGUGGUGCAUUACGAGACUGACUCGUCCGAGGAUCACCUCACUGUUUAUUCUCUAACGGAUCAUGACGAAUACGAGCCCCUAGCGCUCGCUGUGGCCAACAAGUACAAAUUCGCCAUUUCCUGGCAGCAUAGCCACGACAGCAGCGUGCAUGAAGUUGUACUGUAUGACGGCAUUCCCGAUGCGCAAGCGGAGGAGAACUCAGUUACCUGCCUGAGAUACGUGUCGAAUGUCAUCGCUGAUGAAGGUGGCGAUAUACCCGCUAACGUGAACAAUGCGGCAAGACGUAGCCAUGCCAGCUUCCACCCAAGGCCUUGGUCGGCCGUAAGCCACAUGACCUUCAAUGACCGAGACAGUCAAUUGUUGUAUUACCAUACUGGAUGCACUGUCUAUGAUCACUAUCAAUCUCUCGACAAUGGGACGCUCUCGAUGGUAUCGCGCCUGCGCCACAACUAUUCCUGGAGCUGGCUCACUCCUCAGCUGAUUCUCACGUUCUCCAUUGGGAUUCCAUUUGCUGCCCUGCAUGCUACGCAGGACAUUCCACGAAUCUCGAACAAUAACACGAACGUGACGGUCUGUGACUGGAAGUAUCUUGCAUUCGGACUGGGAAGAGAUCGACUCAACCAGUCGAUAUAUCCCUGUAUCCUGAGAGCUGAAGCUCGCUGCCGCGCCGUUAACUGCGGCCACGUAGUGAAUCUCGAUCGUGGGCGCCGUCUGACCGACUGGAAGGUCGUGGCACGACUGCGUCACUAUCCAGAGGAGACAGUGGCAACGAACUCCGUAGGCUGCAUCGUCGCAACCUCACCGAACGGGAACCGGAUAGCAGUUGCCAAUUGGAAGACGGUCUACAUCUGGGCGCUCGAGCCCGAGGUCCUGAUCGAAGAGAACGCCACUGGAUUCUAUCCGGACUCAUCGAAGCUGCGGGAGGACUUGAAGGUCAUCAACCUGGAUCCGAUCGUGCUCCAGCUGGACGCGGUCUGCUUCAAGCUGAGUUUCACGACGCGCGAAGACGAGCUACUCGCAGUGACGGACCGUGGACUCAUGUACUGGGACAUUGGACCAGGGGGAACAGGAGCGAGGAUGACGCGUAGUUUGGACCUGGAUGGACGCGGGGGUACAUGGGUACAGAGUGAUCGGGUUUGAUCUUCUACAACUACUUCUACCACUACUACAGCGGGUGGGAUAAUGCAAUCGAAUUCAAAUUCAUGUACAGCAGACAUGAUAAUUUUCCCCAGGCAAGAAAAAAAAAGAAAAAAGAAAAAAGAAAAAGAAAGGAUACAUGGGCGUAUGGAGUUGUUGGAUGGUGACAAAAAUCCGAUAACUAGGUCAGGGUCGGAUAAUUCAGGGUCGCAUGUUCAUACUAAGAUAUGCUCUUAUUUUCUUUUUUUUGAGGAUUUGCAAACAAUGAAUAAUGACAAGAAUCCCCUUUUCAUAUGGAGAUGUAACCAUAUCUUGACAUUGGCAUCGUUUG